CUUCUCUCGCCUGCCCUUGCGCCAGAGCCUACAACAACGCGUGUUUCACCUGCCCUCGAUGGGCCGACCCAAAUCUGGGCACUUGGUGUGCACUUGAGCAAGGGGUGGCCCAGUGGGAAUCAAUAAAACCACUGCUCUAGUCCCGCGACGGGCCAUCUGGGUUGCCAACCGACUAUUCUCUUGUCCAUAGUAUAUCCUUCUCCACGAUUUGCUGGACACACGCGUGGGCACGGGCAAGAUGACGUCCUUUCUGAGCACGAUGCUGAGGAAGCCCUCCUUUUCAAUAAACACCAAGGACACAUCGUCCAAGUCCAGCCUCCAAAAUGCAGCGGGCCCUCUGACACCCUCCACGGUCCCUCUGACCAAGACCAUGUCGGCCACAUCCACCGCGUCGACGUCGUCGCCGACGGGUCUGGAGCGGACGACGACGGCGGCGAGCACGACCGCCGCCAUCGCCGCCGCUUCUGCCACGCCCAGAAAGCCCCGGAAACCAGAGAUCACGACCCAGCGCUUCAUGCCGCUCGACUUCAACAUCUACAGCGCGCCCUCGGCCGCGCACCGGACCAUCUCCAGCUUCGCGAGCCCCUUGACCCCCAAGUCUAGCACUCCACUUGUGAAAACCGGUGGUGCCAACACGAACAGCAGCGGCAACACCCUCGCUGCCCCGGCUAACACUACCACCGCUUCCGGCAGCAGCAAAACGAAGCCCCUUGAGCCGACGCACUACCUCGGCCCGCACCGCAAGGACCGGCUCUUUGGCAUCACCGACAAGCACAACUCGCUCCGUGCCCGGCCGGGCCCGUUCCUGGUGCUGCACGACGGGCUCCAGAGCACCGACGCGGCGCUGGGCGUCGUGACCAACACGUACUCUGUCGGGGCGGAGGAAGAAAAAGCGCGCAAGGAGCGAGAGGCCGCCAAGGAGAAGAAGAAGGUCGACAAGGCCAAGCAGAAGGAGGAAGACGUGCUCAACAAGACCAAGUCCCGAGAGGACCGGGCGCAGCUGAAAGCGGACGAGGCGCAGCGGAAAAAGGCCGAGAAGGAGGACAAGGAGCGGCGGCGGGAGCAGCAGCGGCUCACGAUGAUCCAGACGAGCGGGUUCUGGGACGCGUAUACCAUCAGCGUCAUGGCUUACGGCGAGGACGUGAGCGGGCUGUUUGUCACCGAGAACCUGCGCGCCCUGCAGGUCGGCACGAGGCUCGAGCCCCGGACCGUGCUGCGGUUCGCGAUGGACGCGACGGCCGCGUUCGCGCCCGACUGUGCGGUGCUCAGACGCUUGCAGAAGAAACAGUCCAAGAGUGGCGAUGGGGCCGGCGUCGUGCCGUCGUCAUCGACGUUGACGUUGCCAAGGCAAGAGUUUGAGUGGUACGAGGCCUUCACGCCAGUGCCCGGACCAGGCUUCGAGCCUCAGAGCGAAGGCUGGCGGCUGGUUGCGCGGGGCAGGGAUGAUUCACGGGGUGAGCCCCUGGCAAUGUGCGUGCCAAACAGCCGCUCGCGGAACAAGGCUCUGCACUUUGAGUUUGUGGGCGAGGGCAAAGUGGCGGGCAAGUAUGGCGUCUCGUGGGAGCUGAUGGCCAUCAUGUCAGGCAUGGUCUUGUGCCAUCGGCUAGUCGAGAUUGGGGGAAGCAGUGGCUAAGCAUGUCGUGUGCUUGGGUUGUACAUUAACUAGCGAAAAACAGCAUUUGCUUUUUUGAAGCACGCAUGAUCACAAAAUUUCAUCAUUGUUUUGAGCCCCUAG